GUGCCCAGCUAUAUGUCGGAGUUUGUUAUGGUAACAGCUUGGGUCCAAGAUACUGGCAUGCAUCUCUACCCGAACACUGACAUAGGUGGAAAGUAUACAGUAUUAUCUAACGGGGAACUGUAUAUAAAUAACGCGGGGCCCAAUGAUGCAUUUAAGAGCUAUACUUGCCGCACCGUUAAUAGAUUGACAGGUGAAAUACAAAUAUCUACAUAUCCUGGACGCAUCAUUGUCACAGAUCCAAAAGGCAUGGUGCAACCGCGUAUAAACGUCGAAAAGCAUUCUCUGCGACAUGUUGUUCUUAAUGGACAAACAACGUUGCCAUGCAUUGCUCAAGGCCAUCCAGUGCCAACAUAUCGAAUUUGUCUUAAAUACCGGAUCAUUUGGUGGGCCCCCUAUGGACUGUUCGCACAAUGUGGGGUUGGAUGAUAACCGACUGAACCCUUUAUUGCAUCCAUCGAUGCAAUGACACUUUCGGCCUAUUCCCAGGUGCCUCAAUCAAUAACUUCUUCGACUGCGGGCAGUGCAGCUGACUUAGUUUUGUGCAACGGUGGCGCAUAUAAGUAUUUGGACGCAACUGCCAUGGUUCCGACAUGAAGAUGGCACUACUAUGGAACGGGGGCUAUGAUUGCGUGGUAAUUCCAGCUACCUAUGGAUGGUGAAGGUGGUGGCACAUAGCUAGCACACCAUUCGUUUGUGUAGAAUAAGUCAAACUGGAAUGCGGUGGCGUGCAAUGUGUCCAUAGCAACAUGUUGGUUGAAUUGCGGGAAUGACAUGGCCGCAGAAUUAUAGGAUCAAUGCCAUAUUCCUCAGGUACAUUAUUUAAAGGGGAUAGACGCCCCGGAACGUAAACGAAAGGUGUGUUUCAGUGGUGAUGAGGCUUAUAAGACGUUGUUAGCAAGCCAACCCUUAGUGGAGCGUAAUUGGAAGCAACAUGCCAAAAAGGCAUAUGCUAUAUGUAAACGCGAUUAUAACUUAAAGUACCAGUUGUGUUUAGUUAAAACAAGUGAAUAAAUUGACCACGAUGUGAAUCGUA